GGCGGGGCCAGUGCGCGCCGUCCUCCCGUGCGGCCUGGUCCCUCGGCCCUGCUUCCCUGCUGACGGCCUCCCAAGGCGUCCAAACAAGAUCCUCGGGGUGAAGUGGGAAAGAGACGAGUUCCACAUUUCCCAUAUAACGAAAUUUGGAGUUAAUAUGGAACAUAGAAACAAGUAAUCAGGCAGAUAACCAACGGGCUGGAACCCUUCUGAUGAGUGGGGCAGCGUUCCCUUCUCCCACAGCAGAGAUGGCAGAAAUGAACCGGAUUCAGUAUGAAAUGGAGUACACCGAAGGGAUCAGUCAGAGAAUGAGGGUCCCAGAAAAGUUAAAAGUGGCUCCCCCAAAUGCCGACCUGGAGCAGGGCCUCGACGAAGGAAUGCCAAAUGCCAGUGUAACUAUGCAGGUUCCCGAGAGGAUUGUCAUAGCAGGAAAUAAUGAUGACAUUCCAUUUUCAAGACCAGAGGACCUGGGCCUUAUCCAGUCAACCCCCUUCAAACCUCUGGCAUUGAAAACACCUCCCCGUGUACUCACACUAAGCGAGAGACCCCUUGACUUUCUGGAUUUAGAAAGAUCGGUUCCUCCCACCCCUCAAACCGAAGAUGAAAAGUUACAUUUGGAGGAGGAGCCCUGCCAGCAGCAAAUUCGUGCAGUUGGCAGACUGAAAAGAGAACGGUCCAUGAGUGAAAAUGCUGUCCGUCAAAAUGGGCAAUUAGUCAGGAAUGAUUCCAUGUGGCACAGAUCAGAUUCUGCCCCGAGAAAUAAAAUCUCAAGGUUCCGGUCAUCUCUUUCUGCUCCGGGAUACAUUGUGACACCAUCACAACAGCAGGCUCGUGUCUGUGCUCCCCAUAUGUUACCUGAAGAUGGAUCUAAUCUUUACUCUGCUCGUGGCAUUUUGUCGCUUAUCCGGUCUUCUACUCGUAGGGCUUACCAGCAGGUCUUGGAUGUGCUGGAUGAAAAUCGCAGUUUGAGAAGACAAAAUGAAAUACGAUAUGAAAGGCCUGUGUUGCGUGGGGGGUCUGCCGCUGCCACUUCUUCUAACCCUCAUCAUGAUGUCAGUUCCAGAAGAAGGGCAGAGCCUAGAAUGGAAAAUGUUGGAGAAGGAACCCAGCCAAGAUAUGGACUUUCAAAUUUGGAUACAACAAUUGAAGGAACCUCAGAUGACAUGACUGUGGUAGAUGCUGCAUCUCUAAGACGACAGAUAAUCAAACUUAAUCGACGUCUACAGCUCCUGGAGGAAGAGAACAAAGAACGUGCUAAGAGAGAAAUGGUCAUGUACUCAAUUACCGUAGCUUUUUGGCUACUUAACAGCUGGCUCUGGUUUCGCCGCUAGAGAUGGCCCAGAAUAUUUGUCACGAUAGCUGGAAUUAUAACGAAUUUGCAACAGUUCUUUGUUUUUGUGUCUGCAUCACAUGCCAUUUUAUAAUCCGUGCACUGAAAAUGUAUUUCCUCCAGAAAGACAGGAUCAAGAAAUACAGACCUAAAGGGAUAUCCUAUUGCUCAGCUGUAUUUAUUUUUCAUCAGAUUUACAGUAACACAAACCUUAAAAUAAGCUCCUUUUGCAUGUUUCAAAAACAGUUCUCCAUUUUGUUUUUGAAAGAAUUUGCUUUCUGCCACAAGAAGGGGAUGGUAUGCAGAUACCCAAUCCCUGGGUAGAGAAAGAAGAGCCGUAAAAUGAAUUUGGGAAAGUAUCUGUUGGGAAAAAGAAAUCUGUUUUUGUCCUUUGUCUCCAACACUGUUAAAGUGCUUUUAUGGUUAGAUAGGUUUGCUUCUGUUUUUUCCUUCAGCAGAACAGCUACAUCUUCGGCAGUACAGUGUUGCCAGAUUCAAGAGAACCAAGCUAUCUAAUAUUUCAUGAGUGUAUUCGUUUCAGCACAUGUACAGAAUGGAUUAAAGAAAUGAUUUGCUACAUUUCAUCAGAUUUCCCAGAGUUGUGUAAUAUGUAUUUUCUUAUUUUAGUUUUAAUUUUGCAGAUGUUUUUCUAUGAAAUACAUUUUUAAGCAAGUCCGUGUGUGUGUGAUUGAAAAGAUUACAGAGUAAGAUCCCAAUGUAGUGUAUUUAAUAAACAGUCAAGAUGAGCAAACA